AUGAUCCGGACAAUGAGAUGCUGUGGUUCAGUGACUCGGGUUUCGGGACAGAUGGGUGUAAGCAGGCGAUUGUUUGGCACAACAUGUUUCGCUCUUAAGGCCAAUAGUAACACCAACUACAAGACUAAAAAUGGCAACCACCGAUCUGCAUCUAAAAGCUCUUCCAAAACAUGGAAACUUCCGAGCAUUGAUACCCUAGUGGAGGAUGGAAUUAUAGAAAUUGGACCUGGAGGCAAGUCGGUAUUCAAGCAUAGCGGGAGUUUUGAAAAAGAAGAAGAAGAUAAUGAAGGAAAAGAUGACGGCCACAUCCAUGGAAAGGACAUUACCAAGAAGCAUUCAGAUACAAAAACCCCAAACCCAGCAUCGAACUUUAGUACAGGAUUCCAGGAACGACUGGCUCGGAAAAAGGAAUCAUAUUCCGAUGUUCUUGAGAAACUGGACGACGAAACACGAACCAAAAUUUUUUCAAAACUCGACCGGAAAGCCUUGUCAGUGUUACAACGGCGACCAGAGCUGGAAUCACGUUUACUGUCGACUAUUGAACGCGACAAGCUUUUAGAAGAAGACAUAGAUAUUGGAACUAAAAGUCAACGAGUUCCUGAAGGUUGGCGCAAGGACAAAAAUCUACCUGACUGGAAACGACAAAUUUAUGCACUGCGAGAAAAGUUUGGAGGCGAGCGAUGGGACCCGAAAAAGAAAUUGUCGCGUGAAGCAAUUGAAGGUAUCCGGAUGCUUAAACAGCAUGCUCCGCAUCUGAAUGCUGGUGACUUUGCAUCCAUGUUUAAAAUUUCUCCUGAGUCAAUCCGACGUAUUCUACGCAGCAAAUGGGAGCCUACAGAUGAGGAAAUGAAUAAAAUAGCUGAGAAAUGGGCGCGCCGUGGAGUGCGUGUUAAAACAAUGCUAAAGGAAGAACGACGUGAACAGCGAAGAUUGGAGAUGGAGGCUCGUGAAAAGGAACGUGCACUUGAAGCCAAAAACUACAAGGCACCAGAAGAGCGGAAACAACAAGAUUCUAAAAAGAAAAAGAAGAGGAAGAUGGUGGAGAAUAAAAAUAAAGAUGACGACGAUGAUGAUGACUACUACGACGAUCCAGUUUCUGGAAUUAGUAACCAAGUCUUUUGA